AUGAAGAUUAAUGAAUCGGAUCUCUUCAAGAGAUACAGAAUCGCCAACCAAAUGGCCUCGAGCUUUCCUCUAAUGGUUAGGGAGUCCAAUGGGACCGUCCUUGUGACAUCGACAACACACACGAGUUAUAUGACAUAUGACGUAAAAAAGAUGAAUCUUCUUUUCUGUGGGCCUAUCUUUGGUAGAAUUCACUGCACAUAUCAGAGAGGAGAUGUUGUAUAUGUUGGAUCAUACAGAGAUGUUUAUGUCACCACUCGAGGAAGGAUUGUCCGUUGUUUUACCCUGCCUUUAAACUCUAAUCAGUCUAAUAAGAGGAUUAGGGUGUCUGAAGAAAGUAUGGAGGCUAUAGUCAGACAGAUACUUGGGUUUGGAGAGAUGAUCCUGAUUCUAACACAAAACGAACUGUUUGUCACAGAGGACCUGAACGAGAUGUACAAGGUUGAGCAUGAUGGGAUUGAGAGGCUGUUCCAUCCCCACACAUAUGUCAACAAAGUUGUUAAGAUUUUUAAAGAAGGGAGGAUGGUGCUGUUCAAUGUGUCUUCUAGAAAGGAAAUAUAUGUGUACAAGCCAUUUGAGGCACCCAUAACAUCAAUUGAGCAAAGCCCUGUGGUUGAUGUUGUUGGAAUAGGGCUAGAGAAUGGUUCCAUACACAUAUUCAACCUGAGGACAGAUAAAAUUCUGUUUUCAUUCAAGCUCCAAGAUGCAGUUGGCGAGCUUAGUUUUGGAGGGAAUCACCUUAUGGCAAUAACCAAGGAAGGGAUGUUUAUAUUUGACCUGAGCUCAAAGAAGAAGGUAAUAACGGUUGAAAACAGUGCCACCGAAGUGGAUGGAAAUGAAGAGAAUCCUGUUGGGGGGAUACUAAGUGGAAGAUUUUUAGAUAACCGAUCUCUUGUUGUAUCUACAAAGGACUCCCUGACUGUCUAUGAAGUGGAAAAUUACAGUCUUGAGACAGUUAAGAGAAGGAGAACAUAUAACGACGAGAUAAUAGGGAUGGAGUUUAUAGAUGAGAGAAAUGUGCUUGUGUUCGGGCCAAGGUGUGUGUUCAAUAUGAAUGUAUACAGGGACGAACAAAACUUCAUGUUCAAGUUCAAAGGCAACAUUGAGAUGAUAGACGUAAACAAGAAUAUAGUGUGUUUUGGAAGAAGAAGUCUCUAUGCCCUUAAUUUCUCGGAGAAGAACUCGAGGCUUAUUCUGAAUAAGGACGUCAAUUGCCUGGCUGUGUACAAAGACUUCUGUUGCUUCGGGAAGGACAAGAUCAUUUUAAUCAAUCUUAAAUCGAAGCUUGUUCAUAAAGAGUUUGCCAUAGACGAGGAGGUAGUUGACUUAGCAAUGGACUUUACAAGGAUAGUUGCAGCCACACGUUCUGGAAUACGUGUAUACACUCUGAAAGGGGAGGAGAUCGGUAGAUAUGAACAGAAGGAAAUAGUGUCAGUCAGACUGAUGGAGAACUUCAUUAUUAUCUGCACCCUUACUCAAGUUCUGUUUUAUGACGAUGGAGUCUCAAGAGCAUUUAAGAUGGGAGAUGAGAUCGUGGAUUAUUGUUUAUCAAGUGACUCGAAGUGGAUAGCCAUUCUAUGCAACCGGAAUGUCUUUCUUUAUGACAUUCUGACCACAACACUUCUUGACAUGCUUGCAUUGGAUAAUGAAGCGAAGUUUAUCAGGUUUUCUCCCAACCUUGACUUUCUUCUGGUUGUAUCCAGAGGUAAUGAUCUUAUCCUGUUUUCUAACAAGAGUAAUUUCCAGUCAUCUGCAAGGCCUAAGGAAGCAGCCUUAAACUUUUCAGAGUUCAAAGAGAGGAGCAAUGCAAAAGAGGCUGUAUGGAAGCACAAGAGGGGGAGUUUGUAUUCGGAGCUUCUACUCUUGAAGGGGUUAGAGAAUAACUUGGAAGGAAAGGAUUCCAGUAGUACAGAUUCAUCAAAGAUGCUAGAGAAGCUUUUAGAUGAAGACUGGAUAAGAGGGAUGGACAAGAAUGAUAUCCUAAAGGUUGUAGAUCUUAUCACACCUCAUGCUCUUACAUCCAUGGACAUUUUCCAAAGAAUUUUGUUCAACGUGCUAAGGUACAAAUCUCAUCUGUUGGAGUCCAGGGACAUACAUAUCUUGAAUGAGAAAUUCAUCAGAGAAUGGAAUGACUUUGAAGAAGAUGCAAUGAAAGUUAUGGGAUAUCUUAGUGUUGAGGCUGAUGGGCUACUUCAAUAG